CUUCCGCCCCCCCUGGGGACCUCCGCUUCCCCCCUCGCGCCCUUCCUAGAUGUCACCUUCUCAGACGCCCUCUGUGGCACCUGGGCGACAGACUACGCCGCCCUGCACGCGCGCAUCCGCGAAACCACCCGCUCUCACGCCCCCACCCUCGCCCAAACCGCUGCCGCCGCCGCCAACGCUGCCGCCGUUGCUGCUACUGGUGGUGCUGCAGCAACAGCACUACCACCACCACCGCCACCACCAUCACCAUCACCAUCACCAACAUCACCAGCACCCCCGUCCCUCCCUCCUCCAUCCCCUCCUCCCCCAGCCUCAUACCCCCAGCCCCGGUUAGACCCAUCCAUUCGUUUCCUAACCUUUGAAUGGUUAGACGAGCCUGGAGGCUUGGGGGAUUAUAUCACCGGGCUAGCCACGGCGUUUGCCUGCGCGCUCCUCACGCGCCGAGCCUUCAUCGUCCGGCACCCGUACCUCCCGCUCGCGUUCGCGCCGAACCUCGUGGAUUGGUCGUUCGGCCCGGACGUGCCUUAUGAGCCGGCUCGGAAGCUGACGGUUGAUGAAGUGUUGGCGAGAGUGGGAGAGAAGGGAGGCAGAGGAGGCGGCGGAGGGGGGGGAGGAGGAGGAGGGAAAGGGGAGUUGGUGCAGGAGGGAGAGGUGGUUGUUGUGAAUCUGAGGAACCGGUUUGUGGAGCCAGAGGAGUUCUUUGGGGUGCUGGAUAGGGCGCUCAACAUUCGAGUGUCUUGGAAUAGGGGCCUGCUCACCUACUUGCUCGCACAGGCGGUGGGGAAGAAAUGGACUGCCAGCCUGCACGCAUUAGGCAUACGCCCUCCCUACGCCUUUGGCUGCAUACUUCGCUUCCUUCUCAAGCCACAGCCAGAAGUCAUAUCAAAACUGCAAGCCAUGUACCAUCAACUGCUCGCGCCUCUCAACUGCUCCUCCUCCUCCUCCUCUCCCUCCGCCCCCCUCCAACAUCUCACCACCAGCCAUUCACGUACCUCCCAUCUAUCCUCUCAUGCCGCACAUGGGUUCUCACAUGGGCCUGCACAUGGGAUGUCGGGCCAUAGGGUGAAGGUGGUGGGGAUACACAUGAGAGCACCAGACAAGUUCGUGUGGCAGGGGCAGCAGGGGUUUGGAGAUCCCAAGGCUAUGAGUGAGACGGAUAAGGAAAAGCUCAUGGCUUGGGCUGAAGACUACAUUGCAUGUGCCCAGAAGCUGGAAGCGUGGUGGAUGCCGGCUCCCACCAUGGUUCGGUGGCUUGUCAUCAGCAACUCACACGUGCUCAAGACAGCCCUUCAACUCAAGUACCCUGACAAG